AUGGUGAUCCGUGGCGUGGGGAGAGCGGCUGGAGUGGGUGGCACUGGGCACAAGGAGGAGGGACUGACGAGGGUGCUUGAGGAUAAGUGUAAGAGAGGAGGAGAGGGCAAGAGAGGAGGAGAGGGCAAGAGAGGAGGAGAGGGCAAGAGAGGAGGAGAGGGCAAGAGAGGAGGAGAGGGCAAGAGAGGAGGAGAGGGCAAGAGAGGAGGAGAGGGCAAGAGAGGAGGAGAGGGCAAGAGAGGAGGAGAGGGCAAGAGAGGAGGAGAGGGCAAGAGAGGGCGGGCGGGGGAAGGAGGGACUGACGAGUGGUCUUGCCGCUGCCGGUCUCGCCCACCACCACGAGUGUGUGUGCCGCCCGCACCUCCUCCACCAGCUGCUGCUGCACUGCCGUGCAGGGGCGGGUGGUUGUACGCGGCGCUGGAGAGUAAUGGAGGGUACUGGAGGGCAGUAGAAAAUGAUGAUGGGUACCUGCACCCAUGGGAAUGCCGGUACCUGCAGCCAUGGGAAUGCCGUACCUGCACCCAUGGGAAUGCCGUACCUGCAGCCAUGGGAAUGCCGUACCUGCACCCAUGGAAUGCCGUACCUGCACCCAUGGGAAUGCCAUACCUGCAGAGAUGGGGAGCUCCUUAG